CAGAAUUUAGCAAAGAUGCUGUUCGGCAGUGGAACCAGAUUAACAGUUGAACCUGCAAAUGAAGUCAAGCCGGACUUUUACUACCUUGAAGACCAAGAUAAAGAAGACGACGUGUGCUUGGCCACAAGCUUUACAAGACAUAAUGCUGUGACAUCACAACAGGAUUUCAAGGGUUUCAAUGAAACAAAGCCCACAAUGAUAACAGAAUUUGGAGGGGUCUACAACCAAGUGGCAUUUCUUAAAGAGCAAGAAAAAGGAAAAUGUCAAGCUCUCUCUACAAGUGAACCCUGUACUCCUAAACCUGACCCCAUAGUGAAUCUAGCAUCUCUGACCAUCCUCGGCCUCAGGGUGAUCUUCUUUAAAACGGUCGUCUUCAACGUCCUGAUGACGCUGCGCCUGUGGAGCAGACAGUAAUCUUGUCAGACUUGAUCAGAAACCUCACUGUGAAGAUGAAGAUGAAGACAAAGAUGAAGGCGUGUAAAUAAUCAAAUGAGCUGUUUGCUGUUGCGUCUGUGAGAAUCUAGCUGUCCUACAGAGAAUGUGCUAAAGAUGAUCAAAUAGAAAUGCUAGUUUUGUGUUGACCGCAUGAAUAACUGUUGAUGUAAAUAUGACAGUAAAAUGUAUUGGCUUGAUUAUGUUAUUUCUUAUUUUAAUAAAAUCUCUGAAAAUGA